AAUUCAGCAUGAAGUUACUGCUACUACUACUGCCGAUAUUGGUGUCGACCGUGGCCGGUGAAAUCGAUUGGAGCAGAGUACGACCCAUCGAGGAGUUCGAUCACUAUUGGGCUCGUUUGCCGGAGAAGCUACAGGCAUUACGUCAUGAAAACCCAAACCGUAGGAUCGUCAAUGGAUACGAAAGCUACCCUGGACAGUUUCCAUACCAGGUGGCACUGAUAGCUGAUUACGGUAUUGUAUACGGACUUUGUGGUGGUUCGGUGCUGACGACGAACUUCGUACUAACUGCGGCUCAUUGUGUCGUGGAUGCCAGUGGAGGUGUGGCCUUGUUGGGAGCCCACAACCGUGUGAACAAUGAACCAUCUCAGCAGUCCUGCAGUUUUAGUGCAGAAGGCAUCACCAUCCAUCAAGGGUACAUUGCCACGUCACUGCGGAACGAUGUGGCCACUGUUAGGCUGAAUGUCCCCAUCAUUUAUACCGACCGCGUACAGUCUCCUGUGUUUCCUCCAGAAGGGGAUACUCGAACAUUUUCAGGAUACACAGCAACCGUUUCCGGAUUUGGGCGUAUUUCAGAUAGCAACCAUGACACCUCGGAUGUACUGCGCUACGUAACAAAUCCAAUCAUUACGAAUGCCAAUUGUUUGGAACAGUGGAAUGACGAUGCGGAGCUCAUUUCGGGGCAGAAUAUCUGCUUGUCGGGAGCUACCGGAAGAGCGAGCUGCGGUGGCGAUUCCGGAGGUCCACUCACGGUCUAUGAUUGGGAGGGAUCGCUACUGGUGGGACUUGUGUCGUUUGGAUCUAUAGCCGGCUGCGCAUCCGGUAUGCCGUCGGUCUUUACGCGUGUCACCUUCUUUCUAGAGUGGAUCGCUGAAAACUCCGACUUUGUGGCGAGCCCUGCUUCCUUUAUAAACUCUAAUUCAGUCUAGUAGUUGUAAUUAUCAAUGCAAUAGAAAUAUUCCUUGGUUUCAGAA